CACUCCUUUGUUCAUCAUGGGGUCGAUUGCCCAAUCUACCUGAUGAUGGAGUACAUGAAAGCUUGCUUGAUUUGAUAAUCAAAAUCGCUUUAUUUAAGCCUAGUCUAGAAACCUUAAAUUUCACGAGAACGUGACAGAAAUUGAACAAGAAAAGAGAUUUGUGUUGUUUGCAUAAUUCCAAUCAAGUUCCUCCUUCUCAACAAUUCAAAAAACCGUCUUAUGGCAGGUCAGUAUUGAGGCAUUCUGUCGAACAGGUCGAGGGCGAGUCAGGACCAGCAAACAAAGCUCUCACAGCUGCGAAGACGCUACCGGAGCUCUUUCACCUAGGCAAACCAGUGACUGAGUCGGCAUUGAUGAUCUCUCUGUUGAUGGGACCGAAAAUUUCUUUCCGGCAACGGAGGACGAGCAGCAAACAGCCGGCGGCGGAAAGCGAGCGCGGAGGAGCAGUUGGUGACGACCACUUGCAGCAGCUUGUGAGCUUGUCUAAUGCCUUCUCACUUUAAAUUCAAAUGACCUCUUUCUUUCCUCUCUCUUUCAAAAGCUUCGAGUACGGAUGAUGAACGUAGCAAUCAAAACCCUUCCUAGAUGAAAACCCAGAGAAAAGAGGCAUAAAUUUCUUCAGCUUAAGCUCAAAGAUAGAAACUUUUGUGCGAGACGAUGAUCCUCUUAUGACAUUGGGGCUGUUUGUUGCAGUUUCUAUGGGCUGGUUAUAAAUUAUUUUAAUUUGAGGGAGGCUCUGGGUAUAUCGGUUCUUGGCUUGUUAAGAAGCUAUUACAGAAAGGCUAUAUGGUCCAUGCAACACUGAGGAACUUAGAUGAAAAAUCCAAAGUAGACCUUCUUAGGUCCCUUCCUAAUGCAGACACCAGAUUAGUACUAUUCCAAGCUGACAUAUACAAUCCCACUGAAUUUGAACCAGCAAUUAGAGGCUGCCAAUAUGUUUUUCAUGUGGCUACCCCCUUGCAGCACAAUUCCCAGAGCUCUCAGUACAAGGGUACAACUGAAGCAGCCAUUGCCAGUGUGAGGAGCAUAGCCGAUUCUUGUGUUAGAUCACAAACUGUUAAGCGGCUCAUCUAUACUGCUACUGUAAUGUCAACAUCGCCAUUGAAAGAAGAUGGGUCUGGCUAUAAACCCUCCUUCAAUGAAUCCUGUUGGACUCCUCUAAACCUCUCAUAUACUUUCAGCAAUGAUGCUUUCCUGGCAUAUAUUAAAUCAAAGACAUUAGCAGAGAAAGAAGUGUUGAGCUACAAUGAAAAAGAAAAUGGAAAUUUAGAAGUGGUGAGCCUGGCUUGUGCACUGGUGGGAGGAGGCACUCUUCUUUCCUACUUUACUGUUGGUGCUAGUUUAGCUGUAAUCAUAUCACAGGUUACUGGCAAUCUAUCUUACUUUAGCGGCUUAAAAUGUCUCCAAGAUCUUUUGGGUUCAAUUCCGCUAGUACACAUUGAUGAUGUUUGUGAAGCGCACAUAUUCUGUAUGGAGAAACAGUCACUGAGAGGUAGAUUCUUAUGCUCUGUUGUGGAUCCAACUAUACAAGAGAUGGCAAAUUACUACCAAGAAAAUUAUCCCCAACUCAAGAUAUCACUAGAGCUCAUGCGAGGACCAGAGAGAGGAAGCAGCUGUGAUUCUACAAAGCUGAUGGAAAUUGGUUUUCAGUACAAAUAUGAUAUGAAGAAGAUAAUGGAUGACAGUGUGGAUAGCGGAAUAAGACUAGGAGUUCUGUCGCUCGACUAAAUUGAUUGGUUACUUUCCUAGCAUAUUACCUGUCUUUGUUCUGCACACUUUUUCUGUACCCAUAAAUUUUCCCAAAAAAAUACAGUGGAAACCAUGAACCCAUGCUUUUUGGUUCAAUAAUACAGCUAUGACCAACAACAGUCUCACUUAGUUGCUUGUUAUCAGAUUUAUGAAAUUCUUCAAUUACUCUUUGAUCACCCCAGCAACAUACGGUUUUGUUGCUCCAAAAUCUUUUAUUUUCAGUAAUUCAAAGGUAAAAAAUUGUACUGGACUAUUUGAAUGUAGCAAAGGCAUAUGAUCAAGUAUAUUUGCA